UUGAUUCGCACUGUGGAAGCUCAGUCGCAUAGCGGAUCUCAUUAUUAUUUCACUCGAGUCUCUGGAUAUGUCUAAACGGCACGUCUGAUAAUGCUGGGAAGAAAAGUACCUGGAUCAGGUGUGCUGAGCGCGGGUGCGGGAAAGGAUCGGGGCAGGACAGGAGAGAGGCUGCACGCAGCGCUGGCCGGACUGCAGGAGCUGCACUUUCUGCGGGACAAACAGAGUGCCAUGGUGCACUGGGCGCUGACCCUGAACAGAGACCAGCCCGACCCAUCAAAACAAGAGAAUGUGAGCAAAGAGGAGCUGAGGCUGGAGGCAACACUUUCUCUACUCAAACAACAGCUGACACGUCUACGCAGACAGGAUGUGGGACUGAAGACUCAUCUCCAGCAGCUGGAUCAACAGAUCAAUGAGCUAAAACUGGAUGUGUGUAAAGCAUCCACCGAACACCUAGAAAGUGACAGCAGACCCAGUUCAGGGUUCUACGAGCUCAGUGAUGGUGGUUCAGGCUCAUUGUCCAACUCUUGCACCUCAGUCUACAGCGAGAGUCUGUCCUCAUCAUCUCAAACCAGUCUGCUUCCUCUUCUUUCCACCUCAUAUGCAUCGCAUGGUCGUAGUAGUUGUGGACAGACCGGUGUGUCCCGCCGUUGUUCUGCUGAUGAGAGCACGGCCCAGUCUGAUGCACCACGAUCAGGAGUGAAGCUCGGUAGCAGCUUUAUAAGGACAGCAAGCGCUCGAGCAGACAGAGCAAGACAAAGACCGGUUUCCACAGGGGACCUUGACCGAAUGAUUGGACCUGGUUUUGGCGCCUUCAAAUCCACAGAUGUGAAGAGCUCCACCCCCUGUAGUAGUCCUCAGAAUCCCUCUGUAGACCCCAAGUACCAGAGUAACCUGGUGUCUAGCAAUGGAACAGAAGUUUACUGUUACCCCAGUCCACUGCAUGCGGUGGCCUUACAAAGCCCCAUCUUCAGUUGUACCAGUGAUCAGGGAAGUUCAGUAGCACUUGAUGAAAUGCCUGAAGAGGAAACCCAGAACCUCAAUGAGGAGUCCACAAACUCCUGUUCUGUGGGAUAUAUUAACAAGCUAUUACAACGAAGCUCCAGUAAGAUAAACCUGUUAAGCAGCAUAAGAAGAAAUGAGACUGUUAAUGGCACACAUGAGCAAAGACCUAGAUCUCAGGAAAUGAUCUACAGACCGCUGAAUGGACCUCAACUGCUGGGAUCACUUCAACAAUUAACAAUGCCCUUAGAAAAUGCACUGGAGACUGGAAAAACAUCUGCGCUAAACAGCAAUCAAAAACAGAUGGAACCACCUUGUCUAAAGUCCAAUCUCAAAGAAGUUGAAGACCAGAUGUUGCAUCAUGGCACACACCCAGAAUCUUCCCUGGAUCCCCAAAAGAAUAGCUUUCCCAUACGUAAUACUGCAGGCAAGGUCAUUGCUGAGUCUGAUAAUGGACCCUCAGAAAAGAGAAGUGGACAUUUACCCAAAGACUCAUCUGUGGUCCAAAAGCCAGUAGAGAGGAGAUCCAGUUUUACCUCUGAAAGAGAUGGCAGUAGAGCUUCUUGUCAUGAUAAGAGCAGUACACCUCAAUCCGAGUUUGUCCAUGCACAGUUUGUUCCUGCAGGGUCUCAGAGGGUAAAGGUACGUCAGGCAGACAAGAAGACUAAAUCUGUGAAACUGAGAAAGAAGAGCUCAGAGAAACCCUCAGCAAAGAAACAGCAUCAAAAACCCUUCUCUCGAGAGUUCUGCAACAAAAACAAAACUGACUUCAAGCAGUCCGGCUCAUGCAGAGGGAAAGUGACAUAUCUGGAAGAGUCUCCGGCACAGUCCUGUUCAGAUUGCAGUUGUAAUGGACUUAUCAACUCACACUGCAUCCAAAACAUCCAUCAGCAGAUCCCAUCCUCCAAGUCCACUAAGUCCCGUAAAGCAUCUGAACCAGCGCACCUUCCUAUUGACCAUGCCAAAAAGAAACCUAGUUCUCGCAAAUGGCCUUCUUCCUCUGAAAUCCCAUUGCCCCCUACUCUCCACACCCAGAGAUCCAAAGAGAUGUUAAACUCUCGAAAGGUAGCCAUGGUAAGGAGUGUAAGUGCCAGGCCUCGCUCGGGUCAUUGGGGGUGUCCUCCUCCACGAGCCCUUCCCCACUCACUCUCCACCUCCUCUUACUUCAGUUACCUGGAAUCUAGAUAUCCAGCAGCGCCAGUCUCCAGUCGGCACCCUCCUCGCUGUGAGUCCGAGUUUUCAGAGUACUCUGCAGAGUGUGCGUCACUCUUUCACUCAACUAUCGCAGCAAGCAGUGAUGGAGAGAUGAGCGACUACACCACAAACCGUUUUGGAGACAGUGAGUCCAGCCAGGGCUCUCAGACAGCUUCAGAGUCUGACAGCAGUCUCUCUCUGGAUGAAGAGGACCUGCUGGAGGAAGAAGAGGAAGAUGAAGGUGGUCUGGUGUGGGCUCAAGCUGCAAUGGGAACCACAGCAGCAGGCUUUUCUCUACAGCAACACCAUCGGUCUGAGCCAGCGGCCUGCCGCAUUAAAGCUUCUAGAGCACUGAAGAAGAAGAUCCGCCGCUUUCAGCCAGCAUCACUCAAGGUUAUGACUUUAGUGUAGCUUCAAUAUAGCUUCAGAUGGAUCAUGUCACCUUGAUCAGCUCAUCUUGAGCUUUGCCAGAAAUUUUGGACUCAUAUACAGCAACGUUUUACCAAACAUCUUACCAACUUUGCUCCUAUAACCCAAAAUAAAUAUAUAUGUAUCACAUGCUGUAAUGUCUACAUCUGAUUGCUGAGUUCCAGCUUGCUUAGCCCAAAAAUUCCAUGCAUGAAAAUGUCAAUGCUUAACCUUUCAAAGAGUUGGGAAAUAAUAAUAAAAAAAAAACUUCUCGACAACACCAAUGUUCUCUAUUGAUAUGUAAAUAAACUGUACGCUGUAAAUAUGUUUUUUAAUCUGUACAAAAUUACCUUGUAAUCAAAUGUGCUGUGUAAAAUGCACAAGAAAAACUAUACAUCCAUGUAAUUCAAUAAAAU